AUGCAAUCUAACACUGAGCAGACACUAGACGAGGCCCCAGUCCAGGAUGCUAUUUCAGGACAGAGCGAGCAACUUCGCGCUCUCUCGCAAGACGCGGAUUCUUUAUUUGGAGACUUCGUCGAAUCCGUUAAUAAUGAUGGGGACGCAAAUGAUACGCCAUCAGACUCUGCUAAUAUCUUUCCUCAUCAAGGCGACCCGGCAUACGGCCUCCAGUGGACCAGGGAUGGCGAUUUUCUUUCGUUGAGACCUGAAUGGACAGUCGAACCCUCAGUAGACUCCAUCAUUUCAACCCUUCAAAAAGCCAUCGACCCACGCAAGCAGUACGUAGUUCAACAUCACUGGAAUGGAGCAUAUAGUAGGAUAUAUCGCGUCUCAUACGACGGAAUACAACUCAUCUUAAAAGUAUAUCUCCCCGUGUGUCCCAGAACCAUGACGGAGAGCGAGGUUGCAACAUUGCGGUGGGUCGACCAAAAUACCCGCUUACCCGUUCCCAAAGUCCACUACUAUGAUUCCACGCGGAAUAACCCAAUCGGCUUCGAAUGGAUCUUGAUGGAUCGGAUAGACGGAACACCUCUUUUUGAGUGCUGGAGAUCCACCACUCAAGAUGCUAAGGAGCGCAUCGUUAAGCAAAUUGCAGAAUACGCUGCCAUUUGUUUCGCAUGUCAAUUUAACGGGGGUGAGCGCGCCAGUAUACGUCAUUACACAAAGCCUUUCCGGACCGCAUUUAAGUGGACAAAGAUCCGUCUCCGUCUCAUUUCAGCCGAGCUCCGAUUAAAACUGGAUGAAGCGACUGAGGAGGAUCAUCGCAUGAUUCUGUCCGGCAUGCUAGAUCUCAUCGACCGUCUCCGCGGACUCCGAGGCAAAUUCUUCUUACCUCCUGGGCCGUUUAGCGAUAGUGAACCGUCAACUUACGAAGACGAGUCGACUGAUGAGGAAGAUGCGGAGACCAUCAAUGAGGGGGACAAGCCGCAUGAACAGACUAUGCUCUGGCAUGAUGACAUCUCUCUCGACAACAUCCUUGUUGAUGAGAAUGGUGUGCUCCAGGGCGUUAUCGGCUGGUCAUGUGUUUCAUGCCUCCCUCUUUAUGAAGCCUGCCAAUUCCCGGCCUUUCUGCAUCAGGCAUGGGACCGGGCUGUUGAACCACGUACUCCCUAUAGGGUUACUCGAGCAUAUUUAGAAAACAAAGAGGAAAUCCUCAAGUACGACGUAGAGCUAAGACAGCAUCAUCUAACCCUGCUUCGUCGAGUUUUUAUUGAUGAGAUGAUGCAGCGAUGUCCCGAAUGGGUUGACGCAUUUUACAGGCAGAGAUCCCGGAGAGAUUACGAAGCCGCUGUACAGAAUUGUGAUAAUGAGUUCGCGUAUAAGAUUGUUGAGGAAUGGGUAGAUGCUGUAGAGGGAAAGUCUAAUUUUAACAAGCCAGUUUGGUCACUCCAUGAGCGGUUUAUGAGAUAG